UGGGACGCGCGGCCGGUAUCCCGGCUUCCGUAGGCGGACUGCUCGAAGGCCCCGGAUGUUGAUGUGCCGCCUGCCCCGGAAACGGGGGCGGAGGCUAAGGGGGCGGGGGCGGUGUUGCCGAGCUCUCCGGAAGGAGACGUGGCGGCGGUUGGGUCCUAGGCUCCCCGGGCGCUUAGUCGUCCCGCCGCCGCCUCCUCCUCCUCCCCCUCCUCUCCUCUGUGAGUAGAGGAGGUUGUGGCGGCGGCUGGAGAAAUCGGCGGCGGAGGAUGGAGGAAGGAGGCGGCGGCGCGCGGAGUCUGGUCCCCGGCGGGCCGGUGUUGCUGGUCCUCUGCGGCCUCCUGGAGGCGUCAGGCGGAGGCCGAGCGCUCCCGCAGCUCAGCGAUGACAUCCCUUUCCGAGUCAACUGGCCCGGCACCGAGUUCUCUCUGCCAACAACUGGGGUUUUGUAUAAAGAAGAUAAUUAUGUCAUCAUGACAACCACACAUAAGGAAAAGUAUAAAUGCAUUCUCCCCCUUGUGACAAGUGGAGAUGAGGAGGAAGAAAAGGAUUAUAAAGGCCCUAAUCCAAGAGAGCUAUUGGAGCCACUAUUUAAGCAAAGCAGUUGUUCCUACAGAAUUGAGUCCUAUUGGACUUACGAGGUAUGUCAUGGAAAACACAUUCGGCAGUACCAUGAGGAGAAAGAAAGUGGUCAGAAAGUAAAUAUUCACGAAUACUACCUUGGGAAUAUGUUGGCUAAAAACCUUCUGUCUGAAAAAGAACAAGAAGCAGAAGAAAAUGAAAAAUCAAAAGAGAUUCCCACUAAAAAUAUCGAAGGUCAGAUGACACCCUACUAUCCUGUGGGAAUGGGAAAUGGUACACCUUGUAGUUUGAAACAGAACCGGCCCAGAUCAAGUACCGUGAUGUACAUAUGUCAUCCUGAAUCUAAGCAUGAAAUUCUUUCAGUUGCUGAAGUUACAACUUGUGAAUAUGAAGUUGUCAUUUUGACACCACUCUUGUGCAGUCAUCCUAAGUAUAGAUUCAGAGCAUCUCCUGUGAAUGACAUCUUUUGCCAAUCACUGCCAGGAUCACCAUUUAAACCCCUCACCCUGAGACAGUUGGAACAACAGGAAGAAAUACUAAGAGUGCCUUUUAGGAGAAAUAAAGAGGAAGAUUUGCAGUCAACUAAAGAAGAGAGAUUUCCUGCAAUCCACAAACCUAUUGCCGUUGGUUCUCAGCCAAUGCUCACUGUUGGAACAACCCACAUUUCCAAACUGACAGAUGAUCAACUCAUAAAAGAGUUCCUUAGUGGUUCAUAUUGCUUUCAUGGGGGUGUUGGCUGGUGGAAAUAUGAGUUCUGCUAUGGCAAACAUGUACAUCAAUACCAUGAGGACAAGGAUAGUGGUAAAACCUCUGUGGUUGUGGGGACAUGGAACCAAGAAGAGCAUAUUGAAUGGGCUAAGAAGAAUACUGCUAGAGCCUAUCACCUUCAAGACGAUGGUACCCAAACAGUCAGGAUGGUGUCACAUUUUUAUGGGAAUGGAGAUAUCUGUGAUAUAACUGACAAACCAAGACAGGUGACUGUAAAACUAAAGUGUAAAGAAUCAGAUUCUCCUCAUGCUGUUACUGUAUAUAUGCUAGAGCCUCAUUCCUGUCAGUAUAUUCUUGGGGUUGAAUCUCCAGUGAUCUGUAAAAUCUUAGAUACAGCAGAUGAAAAUGGACUUCUUUCUCUUCCCAACUAAAGAAUAAUAAAGUUCAGAGAAAGAAAAUACUGAAAGUCAUGACAAUUUCUGUCUGACCAGGUGUCUCAUUUAGACUUCUCAGCCUUUGGAUCUCAUCUAAAGGAUCAUAUAAAAGGACUCAACCACUUUGUGAAUAUAUAUGUGUAUAUAAGAGGUUAUUGAUAAACGUCUAAGGCUGACUUUUAUGUCACUUUUUUCAUUUUUGUUGUGUCUUAUGAAUCGGUUGUGUUUUUCUUUGGCUUGGAUAGUGUGAUUGCAAAAUAAACCUCAUCCAAGCAAUGAGAGGCCAAUCUAUUGAACUGUCAUAAUUGUUACAUCUAUUGAAAGUUUUUAAAUAAUAGAUUUAUUAUGUAAAUUAUAGUAUAUAUAACUAGUUAAUGAAGUAAAAAUAAUGAAGAAUUGAUAGGCAGUUGUUAACGAGAAACUAUGUAAAAUAUGUAAAUUCUAGUGCUUUAAAAUCCUUCCAAUAAAGUUUUAUCUAGCAACUACCAUCUACCAGGUAUUAUAUUAGAAAGUGGACACAUAGUGGACGCUGGUAAUCUCAACAAACCUUAUUUGCCUAGGUUGCUCCUUUCUCAGACUAUUACCUGUUUCACUCUCCUUGACAGGAGUGUGUAUUUUCCCAAACUGUAUACCUGGUACAGAUAGUGAUGAGACGCUUGAUUUAGAAUGGUUUACUCUGAUGAAACAUACCAAGCUGGCUAGCCUUUGUACUUGACUACAGUGUAGUACAGAUUUUAGAUAUGGGCAGCUUCACAGCACAUUUAUUUUAAAGUGAAUAAAGUGUCCACGAGCAGAGUUGUCAUGUAGUCAGUGG